UUCUUGAGUAUUUUGUGUUGUUUUCGUUUUGGUGUACCUACAACAGUUACGGUAAAACAAUGAUUGUAUGAGUGAGAAGUGUUAGUCAAGUGAUCAGUGGUGAAAAUGAAGGAGUCAACUCCUCGUUGCGAGGAUGUGGCGGAUAAACUGGUGCGGUUGUUCGGAUGGAGACAGACGUACCCGGUGCAGAAACUCCAGAGGAGUAUACUGCCUCAGACUAGUGCCACGGGUCCAGAGACAUGGGUGGGAGUAAGAGCGUUGCGUGCCAGUUCGGGAGGGAUUCUGGACCCAGACGACCGCGUACGGGAUGUGGCGGAUGACAGAGAAACUCUCACAGCUGAGUGUACCAGUCAAGCGCCACAACCUCGCGCUGCGCAAGCAGAUGGCGCUAGUGGAUCUUCAGCUGGCACCGCCUCCCCUGACAUGUUUCGGGGAGGUGGCGGCGUCGGCGGCAGUAUGCGCGUUCCUGACACCGACUCUUGCGUUGAAGUCGGGGCGGCAGACUUGGAAGAUGGAGCGAAUGGGCUGCAGGUACGGCGCGGGAGUGAACCCACGCUACACCAAGAUACCCUACCGCCUCAGAGACCGGUAUCAGAACAAACAAAGCGGUGGUCGGCCGCGGUGGUGUGUCGCGACGACAGUAGCAGAGUCACGCAAAAGGUGCAUCCGUUACCGGACGGCCGGCCGCCUGAUGUAGGCGUUGACCGGCACGGACAACACUUCCAAAGGCAAUCUAAUCGCCUAUCAAUGCAGUUCUCUGGGCCUGGUAGCGGUGUGUGGUUGGACGCAGCAGAGCGGGUCCAGAGCUAUGGCAGCAAGAGUCUACCGAGAGACGCCCGGAGAGAACCAUUAGGACAAGACAUGCCUGUUACCAACCACCAGAAUCAUAGGGUAGAGGAUAUGCUCCGGUGGGUGUCAGGAGUCAACAAUGUAGCGAGUGUACACCCUGUGCAAGAACGGCCUCUUGAUCUCUUACCUGAAGGAGGCAGUAGUGAACGUGCGAUAUCCGGUAUGGAAGUCCCAGUAAGUCCCAGCAGUAAGCCGGUGUCGGGCGCCACACAAACAGUAGCCGUUACCUUAGUGAAAGGAGAGAAAGGCCUCGGCUUCACAAUCACUACGAGAGACAAUCCCACUGGUGGGCAUUGUCCUAUUUAUAUCAAAAAUAUAUUACCUAAGGGCGCGGCAGUGACAGACGGCAGACUGCGCGCGGGCGACAAGUUGGUGUCGGUGAACAAGGUGUCGGUGUCCGGCCUCACGCAGCAACAAGUCGUCACGUUACUGCGGAACACUCCCACCGACUCCACCGUCGAGAUAGUCAUCGAGAGAACCGUGCCCAAUAGGACACAGAGGGUAGAACCCCAACAAAGUCCGACGAAAUACGUGGAAAAAGCGAUAGGACCGCCAAUGAAUCCAGUUGAAGCUCCUAAACCUUCGGAAAACGGUCGCGUGUCGAGUAUAGUGAACGCGAUAAACCAAAACAACGUGAACAGUUCCAUGCGAGGCAGGAUACCUAAGAGCUCGUCGAAAGAUGAUCUGCUGCAUAAGGAUAAUAGCAACGACAGCGCACUGCAAGACGCUUUAAACUCUUCGUCCAAUUCUAUCCUUGGUCUCCGCAACCGACUAAUACUUCGGCUGGACGUGCCGGUGCACGACUCGGAGAAGGCAGGCCUGGGCAUCAGUGUCAAGGGGAAGGUUACUGUUGGACCUGAUCCCCAGGACUUGGGCAUCUUCAUCAAGUCUGUGCUACAUGGCGGUGCGGCGUCUAGGGAUGGGAGGUUACAUACAAAUGACCAGUUGCUAUCAGUGAACGGCGUUUCACUAGUAGGGCAGAGUAACGCUGAGGCAAUGGAGACGUUACGGCGAGCUCUACUGCACGCACGACCACAGCGCUCCGGGAGCAUCUCUCUCACCAUCGCCAGGAGGACUGACAGUAUGGACAGCCUAGCAAGGUGGAAGGACGACACGCCUCCAAACGGCAACGACACAACAAACUCAAACGAAAACUCACAGAACUACAACACUGUCAUAUACAACGCGAGCAGCGACAAAGAGAACAAACCAGUAGAUAAUUUCAACCAAAAAUAUGAUGCCAACCAAAACGAGGGCUUUGAUAGCCACGACGGUAGGGGCAGCAAGAAACAUGCUUCGAUUAUAACUAUAAAUAACAACAAUAGUUGGGUCUCAAAUCAGUCGGAUGAUAGUAAAGGUUAUUUAGAAAGAGACAAAGAUAUACCUCCACAUGAUAAUAAAAGAGAUAGCUUUGAAUGGAGUAGGCUUGAUGGUUGGAACCCUGUAAUUGACCGACUGACUGGGCUAAGAAAUGAAAGUUAUUACAUGGCAACUCAGAUUGAUGCUCCGGUAACGAAUGGUCACCACUAUAGACAUAAUUUGGGACACGUACACAUGCCACGGUCGCCGCCUGCGCAUCAUAAUGUUAUCAUUGAAGAGGAUUAUGGAACCACGCGGGGCAGUGGAAGUGGGUGUGGCGGUGAGUCUGGCAGUGAAAGUGGAGCUGGGUUCAGUCGCGACGCUGUGGGCCGCCGGUCCAUGUCCGAGAAGCGACACGCCGCGCUAGACGCCAAGAGUACUGGCACUUACAAGAAAAUCAAAGAGACCAAAGCUAUCAAUGCAUUACAAGUGGGUCCGUCAUUAGGAAUGAGAAAAUCGUCAAGUUUAGAAUCCUUACAAACAGCAAUACAGGAGACGCAGAGAAAUCCUCGCAACGAACCUAUUUAUGCACGAGCACACCCACCUUUAAAAACGUGGUUAACGGACGACCACCACGGACCCGACAUGAUCAGAGGCUCGCCGCAACAAUCGUCUCUCUCACACAAGAAGCCAUCCAUACUCAAGUCUUUAUCAACUAUGUUUAGGAUAGGAAAACCUCACAAGAAGCCAGAAACAGAAGUUUACGGCAGAUCACAGCCGGGCAGAGCUUCAGAGAAGUCGUUGUCAAGAGAAGCGUUAGAGCGACAUAACAGAAUAGACGAGAGGGAGAAAGAAGAAGAACCUACCACCAAACCACAGCAGAGAUCGGAAGUAUCCCACUCGCGUCAAGGCAGCAGUGGAAGCGGCGACCGCGCGCAUAAGUCCGAGCGACGCGCCCCGCCAUACAGAGCUCCACCACAUCAACAACACUCGCAGGGAAUGGACAGCGCGUGGGGUCCCACCGGUCACUAUGUCAACUAUGAAGAAAUACAACAGAAUUUAAACGCGCGUCGCGAGAAGUUGAGCGAGGUGCAGAUAGGACAGAUGAGGAGACAGGUCAGCGCGCAGAGGGCCAAAGCAGAGGAAGAGAGUCGUCGGGCAGGGGCGGGUGGCUACCACUCACAGCGCUCCUGUAGAGAGGGGGGCGUGCGACCGCAGUCCAACUACUACGAGUACGAGACGGCGCCGCCGCGGAGGCCUGGCAAGCUGUCCCACUACCACUGAGCAAUGGACUUCGAACAACAAAAUAAUUCCCCUCCGACGCCAAACACCGACGGCCGAGGUAUCCGAUCUCAUUUUAAUUGGCGAUACUUUUAACGAUUAUAUCGCUUCAGUGGACGUUAAUAACGCUAUCUGUCGGCUCGACUCCUUAUUGAUUUAGAUUCGAGUGCCUUCACUGAGACUGAGAACCACGGUAAUUAAUUGUUAUUCUACACAAUUUACUGUAUCAGGUUAGGAAUACGAUGUUAAUUGUCGUUAAAUGUAAAAUAAUUGUCUCAAGACGUGAAUUAUUUACGCCGUCGUAGUCGUUAAAAGUGAAUUUGUUUUCAAUAUGGCUACUUUAACAGUUAUUUAGUGCCCUUGAUGCAAUAAAAACGGAGGGCUUAUGUAAUUUCGCACUGAAUUUUAACUUUUCUAUUACUGAUACUAUAUAGAAACGUAUUUGUUGCAUCUUGGUCUGGUCUAUGAAAACAUUGUAGGUACCAAUUAAAAAACUUUAAAGUUAAAAUUUAACGAGUGAAACAAAAAUGAGAAAUGUAAAAAAGUAUUAUAAUGGUUAUGUACGUAAUAUCUAACCUUGUACUUAAAACUAAAGAAAUAAACUUUUCUGUAACUGUUAAACGAAGCAGGUAUUUUAAUACCACAGUGAUUAUUAUGAAGCAAUUUUUUUACAAAAACAAAACCUCAGAAUACUUUUUUCUAUAAUUAAAUCUGUCUUUUGUAAUAAGAAGUCUUCCUCAAUUUAUUUUCACAUGGCCUUAAACACACAAAAAAAGGAAAAUAUCAUUUUGUUUAACAGACGAGAAAAAUAUUUGUGAACACAUCCAUUAAAACUAUUUAGGUAAUGAAACUUUUAUAAAAAGUGAUUACAUCAUUAAAGAUAUAGCUAACGAGCUAUUAUUUUUUGCAGACAAAUUAAUACAAUGGUUUGACAAGUAACCUCAUAAUUUUCCUCAAAACAAUGUCAAAAAAGUAAUUUGUUAUUUAACGUAUAAUCAGUUUCCUAUAUUAUAAUUAUAUCCUUAUAAUACAGCGUAAUACUAAAAAUCCUUUUUAACAUAGUGCCAAACACUUCGCUAAAAUCAUUUUUAACAUUAAGAAACUUUGUUAAAAAUGAUUUUACGUGCUUACUGUGUUAAAAAUGACAUAAUUAACUACAUUGAACAUGUAAUUUGAUUUCAAAAGAAUAUGUUUAUAGACACAAUAUGUCUUGUUUUGGAAUUUGUUUUAUAUAUUAUGAAGGCUUCACUGCAAUGAUAGGUAUGAAUGUUAAAAAUUUCCUUUGCAUUAAAUUUUUUUAAUGUUGAAUUCUAAGAAAAAACCAGGUACCCAAGCUCCUUUGCCUUCACUUCAAAACAAGUAUUGGACUGAUACAAAUACCUUUUAAAAGAUAAUUCCUGUAUUGUAAGGCGUUCAAGCAUUUUCGACUUAAGGACCUAAAGAAAUUUCGAACAUUCAUCAUUGUAGUGGACCCUUCAAAUUUCGUUGGAAACAACUUUUUAGACUUUGUUAAAUCGGCGUUACAUCUCGCUAUUUCCUCGAAUAUUCUAUGCUUACAAAAAAAUUGAAAUAUUAGAACAUAAUUAUUCAAUUUUCAAAUUUUUGUUCCUCCAUACAAAGUCCCUUUUUGCUCCUCCGAAACUUAGUUUUACCGUGAACCAGUAAUUUGUUCAUUUGUUCUCAAGUAGUCUUAAUCCCAGCUCUCAAGUUUUGAUUGUUCUAACUCGACUGUGACUGAGACGAUCCCUUGCUUGUUAUCUUAUCUAAAACGUUAGUUGAUUUACGAAUCUUGACCCUGAAUUUAUUAUUGUUCAAAUAUAUUUUUACAUGCGAAAGUUCAUAAACCAAUUUUCGACUCUACUGCCAUGUGUUUAGGUCGAAAUGAAUGCUAUAUGUGAAAAUUGUUUCAACAAUGAAUUCUCCUAUAUGAAGUUUUUCCCUUGAAUGUACGAGGAAUGCAUUGUGUAGUGGCCGUCCCUAAUUCUAAAUAAGGUUCAUUAUUUAUAUACCUUGUCUAUGUUGAUGGUGGUGCCAUCUUUAUUUAGUUUUAAUUUCGCCCUCGAGCUACUUUAUUGUGCUAUCGUAAAUUAGAUUUCUACGUCGUAUAUGAAAUGAUUUGAGUGGUAUUUUAUAAAUGAAAUGAAACAAAUAUUAUAUUAAAGAUGUUUUGUGAUAGUUUGUUCGUAUAGGAAUACUUCGAUAGUAUUCAGUAAUUCCAUAAAACUUUGUAACAAG